AUGUCAGCCGAAGCGACUUCUACCGCUCCCGCUGCCUCUGAUGCGGAGUCGCCAUCCAUGUGGAUGCCAGGUGACCGGCAACUAUUCACCGUGGAGGAGUUCUACCCGGUGUACUUCUCGGCCUGGGAGCGUGAGACAGGCCUGUGCAGUAUCUGUUGCAACCAAGUCGAGGGACCGUGCGUAGUGUGCCAGAGCAACGCGGAGGUCACCUCAGCGGAGUGCAGCAUUACGUGGGGUGAGUGUGGCCACGCCUUCCACACCCAUUGCAUUGAAAAAUGGCUAAAGACGCGACCGGUGUGCCCGCUUGACAACAAGGAGUGGAAGGACCGCUCAGACUGGAACACCUCCGCCACUGUGUAG